AUGGUCGGAUCUUGCAAUGGUUUGGCUUGCUUUCGCGCACGAGGCAUAGAUCGUUUUCUAAUCUGUAACCCGUUGACAGGAGAAUCUAUAUUUCAUCCAGAAUUUCUUGAGGGCAUAUAUCAUAGUGUGGGAAGUGGGUUUGGGUAUUGUCCUUCAACUAAUUCUUACAAGGUUGUUACAAUAUUUUAUCAUCAUCGAGGGGAACAGAAGGGAUAUAUUCAUGUGUAUACUAUUGGUGGUAAGUGGAGAUCCAUUGAAUAUAUCGGGCGUCGCAAAUUUGGUUAUUCUACAGGUAUCUAUGCAAAUGGAGCACUUUACUGGUGGCACCAAUAUGAUUUUUAUGGACUAAAAGAAUCUGAGAUUGUAGCCUUUGAUUUGGAAGGUGAGAAGUUCCAUUCUAUACUAAUGCCACGUUUUAAAUAUGAAUAUAGCGGUCAACUUAAGUUGCUUGGAGAGAAUAAUAAUCUGUAUUUGGCUUAUACAAGCUAUAAAGGUUUUUGCAUGGAGAGCAUUAACAUAUGGGUAUACAAGAGAAACGAUAGUGGUACUAGUUACGCCACGAAAGAGUGUAAUCUGAAACAAAAUGACCACAACUGGAUUAAGGAAUUUAGUAUACAGCACAAUGAAGAAUUUUCGUUUAUCAAGCUAUUCGCAAUCAGAAGAACCAAUGAAGUACUACUUUUUAAGGACUACUUACUCUUUCCUUAUGACCCUAAAUCUUCAAUCUUGAACUGUCUUUGGAAUCAUAAUGUUAGGGAUGCAAAUUACAUUGAGUCAACUACUCUCGUGCAGGGCCUUGUGUCCUUGAAAGAUUUGGGAGAGACUGAUGUUACUUAUUUGAAAGAUUUAGAUAGACUAAUGUUGCAGGAAGGUUUUGGCAAAGAUGAUGCUAUGGGUUACGGAGAUACACCAAUACCUAGAGCCGAAGAAGAGGAAGAUUGUGGAAAACCAGCAAAACCAAGAGAAGCUAAAAGAUUGAGGAAUUGUUAA